AUGACGAUAAACGGUACAGAGGGAAAUACGUUUAUCCGCUCAGCGUCCGCUCAAGGACUGGCUGGGCUGUGCACUUGGGCAGCGCUUCUUAUAACAAGUCAUCAAGUAUGUGUCACUUCAUUUACUAUUCUAUUUAACUUCAGUUAUAAAAUUGACAUAGGAAAGUGAAUAACUGAACAACUUUCCCACUCUUUUUAUAUAUAUAAACUAUGAAUAUAUCAAAUCAUGAUGUAUUGUGUCAACAAAAAUAGAAAAAAAAUUUUGUAGAUCUAUCAACAUCUUCGGUGGUAUUCGUGCCCGGCUGAACAACGAUGGAUUGUGCGAAUUCUGUUUAUCGUCCCAAUCUACGCCUUCGAUUCUUGGCUCUCGUUGAUUUUUUUUUCGGAUAACGUAUACAUCUACUUCAAUUCUAUCCGAGAUUGCUACGAAGCGUUUGUCAUUUACUCAUUUCUUUCCCUUUGCUAUGAGUAUCUGGGCGGAGAGAGCAACAUCAUGGCAGAAAUCCGCGGAAAACCUAUUCGUCCGACCAACUACUUUACAUGCACAUGUUGUCUGGCUGGAAAACAGUACACUAUCGAGUUUCUUCGCUUCUGCAAACAAGUAAGAUCAGUUUCCAAGAUUGCCGUAAAUGAACCUAAUUUGGUAGGCCACGCUUCAAUUCUGCUUCAUCAAGCCAAUUAUGGCAGUGAUCACCCUGAUGCUGACUGCCGUUGGAAAGUACGAAGACGGAAACUGGAGUCUUGACAAAGGAUAUAUUUACAUCACUUUGGUGUAUAAUGUCUCCAUUUCUUUGGCUCUUUAUGGAAUGUUCUUGUUCUACGCUGCUACUCGCGAUCUUCUCAGCCCAUACCGUCCGGUUCUCAAAUUCCUUACAGUGAAAAGUGUUAUUUUCCUGUCUUUCUGGCAAGGUAUGUUCGUGGGAAUCAAAUUAUUAUAAUUAUGUGAACCAAAUAUUGUUUUAGCCGGUAAUUGUAUAUAUAUCUAUAGAUUUGAUUGUAGGCGUUCUAGACUAGAGAACAUUUUUCCAAUCUUUACGUAUUCAAACAUUUUUAGGAUUCUUGAUUGCUAUUCUCGGUGCCACUUCCGCCAUCGAUCCGAUUACUGACGCCGAGGGAACGGAAAUCAUUGGACGAGGAACUGUUGCCGCUGGAUGGCAGAACUUCUUCAUUUGCAUUGAAAUGUUCUUCGCCGCUAUUGCUCUUCGAUUCGCUUUCAACGUCUCCGCCUACGCUGAUGCUCAUAAUGGUUUGAUUUGUAAAUUAGACAACAUUUGUUAAGUAUUAUUAUUUUAGCAAACAGCGGAAACGAUGGACGUCCGGUCACUUUGCAAUCUAUCAGCUCAUCCUUGAAAGAAACCAUGAACCCGAAAGACAUUAUGCAAGACGCUAUCCACAACUUCCACCCACAAUACCAACAAUAUACCCAGGUAACUUGUAACUAGUUUGUGGAUUGUGAAAAAUUAUACAUUUUUAGCAUUCCAAUGCUCAACGCCCACCGGUCAGUGAAUUCAAUGCAGUUUCUUAAUUUUCCUAAUGGUAGAUCGCAUGACUAUUAUAGCUGUAACCGAACAAAAUUUAUAAAAGAGCAUGACAUAAAAAAACAGUAUGAUAAAAUUAUUAGUUUCAAAUUCAGUGUAUUCUCAAGAAACAUUUUUGUUACUUUUUGUUUUCUAUGUGAAAAUAAAUUAUAUUUAUUUUAGCAACAACCGGGAACAAGCGGUAGCACAGAAGAACAAAGAAUGUCGAAAGCUGGCGUUAGUACGAACUACUCGACGAUGAUCGAAACCAACUCCCACGCCUCCUCAUCUGACCCAUCGGCUUCUCAACAAACAACUGGAAACCUCCUUGACGCUUAA